UCAAGCCAUACACGACUGCCUCUUUCACGAGUGGGAAAAUGUUGAAUGUUUGCAUUAAAAGCGCGUAGUCGAGCAUGGGGUGAACCCAUCACAUGAUCGCUGCGGUCGCUCUGUGCUGCGCGUCUUUCUUCCAUGAGCAGAAGGCAAGGCUGCAGCAGCAGGAGCAGCAGGAGCUUCAUGUAAACACGCUGCAAGCAGGGCUUUGUCUCUCUCUCACACACACACACACACACACACGCACACGCACGCACGCACGCACUCGGCUGGUAUCCCCUCUUCUAGUCAUGCCAUGGAUAUUUUGUGGCAAUACCAGUUCCGGAUCAUCUUACUCGGGGAUUCGACGGUGGGCAAGUCGUCGUUGCUGAAGCGCUUCUCGGACGGGAUCUACAGUGAUGUGGCGGAUCCGACGGUCGGGGUGGAUUUCUACGCCCGCUCGCUUGACAUCGAGCCCGGAGUGAAAAUAAAGCUUCAGCUCUGGGACACUGCCGGUCAGGAACGAUUCAGGUCCAUCACAACAUCCUACUACCGCAACUCAGUGGGCGGGCUCCUAGUCUUUGACCUCACCAACCGCAAGACCUUCGACCAUGUGAGGGAGUGGCACAAGGAGGUGAGUGAGCACAUCCUGCCCCACCACAUGGUCUACAUCCUCAUCGGCCACAAGAGCGACCUCAACAAGGACCGCAUGGUGAGCCGGGACGAGGCGGAGCAUUUGGCGGCCGAGCUGGGCAUCCGCUACGUGGAGACGUCGGCCAAGUGCAACAGCAACGUGGACCGGGCCUUCGAGCUGCUGACGAAAGACAUCUACGGGCUGAUGAAGAUGGGGGAGAUCGUCACCCGCGACGGCUGGGACGGGGUCAAGAGCGGCCUCACCGGCAAGGUCCUCUACUCGGCCAACGACGAGGAGGAGCUCGUUGCCGCGACCCCCGAGCGGGGCUGCCACUGCUGACUUUGAACGGUCCAAACACUGCCCCGUCACACCAAGAGUUCACCUCGUCUCACAGUUGUCCAUCGAAAAAACAAAGUCACUCUGGCUCAGCACCCUGCAAUAUAUCGCCAUACAUCACUUCCUCACCUUGUGCGUUGUGGCCUCUCCGUGUGUGGGGGUUUUUCCUCACAUAAUCGGGUCCUUUUCCAACCGGGGACCGUUGUAAAUCCUGAUGUGUAUCUUAACCGGCAACAUUUUGUUCUCUCGAAAGCCAUGUGGUGUAGCAUGAGCUGAGCUGUUUUGGGAACCUUCUUAGGUUCGAGUGACACAAGUGUGCAGAGGGUAUCAGGUCAGAGUUCGUAGCGGGUCGCCAACACUGCUUUCCACAGAGCCCGGAGUCGGGGUACGACUGAGUAUCCUGAAGACAGAUACAUUUCACAGAGCACUGUUGUGUGGGUUUGUAUCUGUCAAAGUUUGUGCGACGCUUUGCCUGCAAUCAUUUUCGAUUAUAGUCUUGUAAAUAGCCGUGAAAUAGAUGAAAGCUAUAAGGUCACAGAAAGCUAUUUAAUGGAAAGUGUGAACUCUUCAACGAGUUAGAACAUGUCAAAUCAGUGUGCUCCGCCUGCUACUGAAAGCUGUAUGUGCACUUAGGCCAAACUGACUUCAACCUUUUCGGUGAAUAGAUGAGUGAGGCUUCUGUAUAAAAAAAAUAGAUUUUGAUGUAUACAUAAAGACGGGCCAUUUUAAUUAGAGUAGGUUGGCCUUUAGGCAUUCGUAUCAUAGUAUCAACAGGAGCAAGACAUCAGGUCUGUUACCUCCCAGUCAUCACAUCUUAAAUGACUCCAUCCACCACAGGAAAGCUUAAUUGACAAAAAUAAUAAUUUUCAGCCAUGAGCCAACGGUGGAUACCAAUUCAUUCAAUCCAUGUUUAUACAUGUGCUGCUUUUGUGGGCCUGUGCUUUAUGCUGUGUUCCAGAGGUGUCGGUUGGAAAUUUUGCAUUAAGUUUAAUGGAGGAGAGUCACCCCUCCAAGUACAAUACUUGGAGUGAGCCUACAACUCUGAUAUGCCACAUCCACACGGUUACUUACAAUGCAAAGCUUGUUAGCAUUUAUUUUAACGGGGAUUUUUACAGUCCAAAUCAAAUCCUCUACAGUUCAGAAGGCAGGUGAUGGUUAGUGGAUACAAACUGAAUAGGUGAUCAAGUUCCAAAACGUUUGCACCAUCCCUUUAUUCUUUCGUCUCUACUGAUUCUAACAGUAUACUUCCUAAACCUUGGAUGGACACCAAGAAGAAAUGGCUUUUUGAAAGACUGACUUUAUGAAAGAAAUAAGCGUAUUACUCAUCAGCUAAACACCCUUAUAUACAGCAAUAAAAAAUGUAAAGAAGAGAAUAGUAAAAAUCUUUACAACAAACCGUGACCAUCCUGUGUAACGACUACGAUAUUGAUGGUGGUCAACCUUCCGUCCACAUCCAGUUUACUUCUUAUUGUAAUGUUAAAGGAGUCAUUUAACUUUUUAGGGAAUGCAUUCAUCUGCUUUUCUUUCUGGGAAUCAGGUGAGAAGAUUAAAACCACUAUCAUUGCGAGAUUUGGUGCCAUCGUGCCUGGAAAGACACCGAUACUAAAACCUUUGUAUGCCAACAGCAAUGCACGCGAUGCUACACAGAAGUAGCCUCUCUGCAAUGUGCGGAUGGGUCAGGAAAUAGUUCCAGCUUGGCAAUCCCUGCAAAACCAGUUCAAUCUCCAUCUCUGAAAAAUAUAAGAAAUAAGCAAAUUUCUGUGAAUAUUGGACUAUGUCUUUCAUGAUGUAUUUUCUAUGUUGUUAUUAUCAAACCAACCUGUUGGGACUUCUGUACUGGAAAAAAAUCCUCCCAUGUUCGGCUUGUGGGAUGGUACUAAGCUCAAAACUGAUCAGCUCUUUAUCCCUAUGGUCACAUCUCACAGCUUUACUGAAUAAAUGUUAUUUAUUUUAUAUUUUAUGUGAUUUCCUUGAUUGAUUAAAAAAAUAAAUAGGUGUACAAUGAA